CUGUAGUCGCUAGGUGUCAGUACUCUUCUAAACAUGGCGUCCUCCUGUGAACUGUCAAAAUUGGCUUAUUCCAAGAUUAUUUUACAUGCCUUUAAAUAUCCACACACUGCAGUAAAUGGAGUUUUACUUGCUAACGAAGGUUCUAGUAACCAUUCCGUUAAAUAUGUGGAUGCAAUCCCCCUGUUCCAUCAUAAUUUAGGGCUAGCUCCAAUGUUAGAAGUGGCCUUAAUGCAGAUUGAUAGCUACUGCCGUACUGCUGGACUAGUCAUAGCUGGAUAUUAUCAUGCCAGUGAGGCAGUUGCAGAAAUGAGUCCAGAUAUUGUUAGUCAAAGAAUUUGCGAGAAAAUUGCUGAGUAUUUCCCAAGUGCAUGUCUAGUUUUGAUAAACAACCGUCAACUUGCAAAGCAAAUGACGCAUACUUCACUCAGUGUUGUUCAGUAUUGUGAUGGAGGAAAAUGGAAAGUCAAAGACAAAGAAAACUUCAAGAUUCUUCCCAACAAUGACACAGCAUUGGAUUCAGUUUCAAGUUUGCUUUCCAAGAAGCUUUAUAAAAAACUUGUCGAUUUUGAUGACCAUUUUGAUGAUAUUAGUCAAGAUUGGCUGAAUGUAAAACUUAAAAGCAUGAUUGAUUAAUGUUUAUUUCUCAUGGAUUUCUGCUUUUCAAGUCUGGCUGCUGUUCUGAAUAAUUGGAAUAUACGAUUUUAGUUGCA